UUGAUCAGAGGUAACCUGGGACAAUAGAACAGUGAAAUAGGAAAGGAAAAAAGAAAGCUAUUAAAAAAAUGAUGUUUAGCACCAGCCAUUGUUAAGGAAACUUCUAUGAAAAGUAAUUCCUGGAUAAAGCUCUGAUUGUGGAUUGUGCUUAGAAUCUCUUUUGGUUCUUAGUGUAGCAUGAGCCAGAAGCCUUGGUAAGCACUGCUAAGAACUGGAUGAGUGCCUGGCAGUCUGGCACAUUCCCUGUGGACAUCUUGCUCUUAGAAAGCUUCUCCACUCAGAUCUAGGAGAUGCUUCAGGAAACCUUCUGGACUUUUUUCUUGGUGACUGUGAAAGUGAAAGGAGAGCUGCCAUUCAUUGCAGAGAAUAAUGCCGCUAUAAUGGUGAACUGGAAUGCUGCUGAGGAGAACAAAAAGUUAUAUGCAAUCUAUGGGGCAAAUGUGAACGAUCCUGGGAACAUGUCCUUCGUGAAAGAAACUGUGGAUAAAUUGUUGAAAGGCUACGACAUUCGCCUCAGACCGGAUUUUGGAGGCCCCCCAGUGAAUGUCGGGAUGAACAUAGAUAUUGCCAGUAUCGACAUGGUCUCUGAAGUCAACAUGGAUUACACAUUAACAAUGUAUUUUCAACAAUACUGGCGAGAUAAAAGACUAGCCUAUGCUGGGAUUCCUCUCAACCUUACGCUUGAUAACAGAGUAGCAGAUCAACUGUGGGUGCCUGAUACUUACUUUCUCAAUGACAAGAAAUCGUUUGUGCAUGGUGUUACUGUUAAGAAUCGAAUGAUUCGCCUGCAUCCAGAUGGCACAGUAUUAUAUGGCCUGAGAAUCACAACUACUGCAGCUUGCAUGAUGGACUUGAGAAGAUACCCAUUAGAUGAACAAAAUUGUACACUGGAAAUAGAAAGCUAUGGAUACACAACAGAUGACAUAGAAUUUUAUUGGAGAGGUGGAGACAAUGCAGUUUCUGGAGUAGAAAGAAUUGAGCUUCCUCAGUUUUCUAUUGUGGAAUAUAAACUUGUGUCCAAAAAUGUUGUCUUUGCCACAGGUGCCUAUCCAAGACUAUCAUUGAGUUUUAAGUUGAAGAGGAAUAUUGGAUACUUUAUUCUUCAGACCUAUAUGCCCUCAAUAUUGAUUACCAUUUUAUCAUGGGUAUCAUUCUGGAUAAAUUAUGAUGCAUCAGCAGCAAGAGUGGCUCUUGGUAUUACAACUGUGCUUACUAUGACAACUAUCAAUACUCAUCUCAGAGAGACUUUGCCUAAGAUUCCAUAUGUCAAAGCCAUUGACAUGUAUCUUAUGGGCUGCUUUGUAUUUGUCUUCUUGGCCUUACUUGAAUAUGCCUUUGUCAACUAUAUCUUCUUUGGAAAGGGCCCUCAAAGGCAGAAGAAACUCGCUGAAAAGACAGCUAAAGCAAACAAUGAUCGCUCUAAGUUUGAAAGCAACCGGGUGGAUAUGCAUGGGAACAUAUUGUUAACAUCCCUUGAAAUUCACAAUGAAGUUGCAAGCAAUGAAGUUACAACAAGUGUCACUGAUCCACAGAAUUCAGCAGUAUCUUUUGAUAACUCAGGAAUCCAGUAUAGAAAGCAAAGUUCCCACCGAGAAACUCUUGGGAGACGUACAUUAGAUAGAACUGGCACUCACACUAAGAAGAGUCAUUUGCGGAGAAGAUCUUCUCAGCUAAAAAUAAAAAUUCCUGAUCUAACAGAUGUGAAUGCAAUUGACAGAUGGUCAAGGAUGGUGUUUCCUUUCACAUUUUCUCUUUUCAACUUAAUCUACUGGCUAUACUAUGUCAACUAAAUUGACUUUUACUUCAUAUUUUUUUUAACAAAAAGACUGUAACAAGCAAAUAUUAUUUUGCCUGUUAUUUUGUAUAUGUA